ACCAGCCCAGGCCCCGUCUGCGCAAAACCAAGCCGAGCGGCAUGCCGCAGCCUCCAGAGUACGGGGCACGCCCGGGGCCGAGCGUGGAGCAGGUGCAGAUGCAGGUGCAGGGCGUGCGCGGCAUUAUGCAAGAGAACGUCGAUGUCAUGCUUGCCAAUAUCGACAAGACCGAGGUGCUCGAGGACAAGUCUUCGGCCCUCGCGUCGCAGGCCAAAUCGUUCCAAAAGACGUCGCGCGCGGUGAAGAAGAAGAUGUGGUGCGCCAACAUGAAGAUGAACCUGCUCAUCGGCUGUGUCUGCAUCAUCAUCGUCCUUGCAAUCGUCAUUCCCGUUGUCACAUCGGCCGGCAGCGCGGCGGGUGCGGCGAGCACAGUCACCGGCAGCAGCGAGAGCAGCAGCGCGUCGCCACCGCCGCCGCCGGCCGAGGCAGGGGCAGGGCGGCGGCUAUCCUCCCUGCUCUUCUCGGGCCCGCUGCUGCACCACAGCUUGACAGAGACGGGCGACAUCUCUUGAGCGCGCGCGCGGAGCAUCUGUUGUGCGCAGCUCGCGUGCGCGCCGCCGCCGCUUGGUCUCGGAGAGAGAGGCCGCCACUACUAGAGCGGCGGUCCCGAGGAUGGAGCGCGCGGAUUCUCCCGCUGCUCGAGACGCGCGUUUGUGCCAUGGUAGCUGUGUGGACGCAUCUUCCUUGUUGUUCGGUGUUUUGUGGUGUGGCGGGCGGGUGAGGUCGGCUAGUCGAGACGGCCCCGGCAGUUUACUACGUACAUUUCUCAUUUGUUUAAAACGCCAGGCCAGGAUCUCCC